GGCAAACUCGACAGCUGCCCUCGGUAAAUUUUUGGCCUCGUCGGCAUGGCGCCCGAGGUGAAGCCGCACCCUUUCCGCAUUUUCGUGUCUGGUCUAUCCAAGACUCAUGUCGAUCGCUAUGAUGGCGGAAUUCAUGAGGAGGAUAAUCUGGGCUAUUUCUUCUACGACCGCGGCUGCAAAGUGGAGGAUGUGCGGCUCAUGGUGGAUCCCAGCACCAGCAAGUGCAGAGGCUUCGGCUUCGUGGACUUUGGCGAUGAGGUGUCCUUCCAGAAAGCCCUAAGCUUGGCUGGGACUCAGGACCCGCCGAAGGUGAAGCUAGACCACAGCGCUGGGGGCCGCCUCAAGGUCGAGGCUGCCAAGCCAUCCCAGCCAGUGGCUCGCGACCAGCACCAAGAGCUGGCGAAAGCACGGGACCACACAGAGGACAUGGAGCGAGCCCUGCGCUGGCGGGAGGCAAAGGUGCGGGAGCUUUCGGUGGAACUGCACAAGCAUCGAGAGCGGCAGAAGCUGCUGGAUGCGCAGCGCUCCUUGGAGCAGCGGAUAGCGGAGGAGAACCUGAGGCAGGAGGAGAUCCGCCAAGCAGAGGAGAAGCUGGCGGCCGUUGAGGAGGUGCUGCGCUCCGCGCUGACGGCGGAACAGGAUCGGACCAGGGCGCUGGAGGCCAUUGCGCACAGCGUGGAUGAGAACCAGCGCAGGUCGGAGCAUUCGGAGGAGGGAGGCCCGCACAGCGAUGAGACAGGGGAGCAUCACGAUGGCCCUGGCCCGGAGCUGCGGAUCAAGAACACCUUCUAUGAGUUCUGCAUCCCAAAGGAUGUGGAGCCACUGGCCGGGGUGCGGACGCACACGGCGCCCAGCACAGUGCACAACCAGGGCGAGCCUUCGCCCGUGGGCUACAAGGGUGCAACUUCCUCCCAGAAGCAGGGCGCACAGUCGCCCCUUCUGACACUGAUGCCGGCGCCUUCCCCACCGGCGCCCUGGGCGCUGAAGCGCGACACGUCGCACAUUCUUCGAUCCAUCCUGGAGGAUAAGAUGGAGGCUGAGUCCGAGCGCGGGGCCAGCGACGCCAGAGGCCGCAGCUCCUCGGCGGCCAAGGGCCGCGGGCGCGAGGUGAAGCCGGAGAUACCCAAGCGCACCAGCAGCGAGCUCACCCAGGCAUCCAGAACCGAUGCAGAGAUCACGGAUCCAGGCGCUCCGCUUUGCCAAGGCUCCUUGUCUCUACCCACCGACCAUAUCACGAGCUGGGCAGACGAAAGCGAGAGCUUGGAGCCGGGCGACGUGGAGCCCUGGUCCGCACCAGUGUCGCCAUCAGGUCGACGCGAAGUGAGAAUCAGGAACUUGCCCUUGAGACCGGCGGAGGAACUCAAGGACGCCAUCCGGGAGGAGGUGUCACGGCUUUGGCGGGUGGUCUUGAAUCGCGCUCCACCGCUCAUUGAGUCAAUCUCAAUUGCCGAGCACCAAGACGAGUCAGUGGCCAGCAACCGGGCGCGUGCUGCAGGCACCGAGGCUUCGGUCCAAUUUCACCGGCCCCAGGACGCCCAGUGGCUGGUAGACCAGCGGCAGCCUGCCAACUGGACAAGUGCUGAAACCAUGUCCAUCCGUGGACGAGUGCUUCAUGCGGAAUGGAUGCCCUUGCCACCGCCGGUGGAUUGGCGGCGGUUGCGCUACAAGGCCGACACGGAUGCAUCUUCCCAGCUCUCCUAUGACACUGUUGGCACUAGACGCUCCUGCAGCCAUGCCAUCGCCGAGAGGAAGCCGGAAGAUGCCAUUCCGAGCGGGCGGAACAAUCUGCACCCUCCGCAGAACAGGAGUGUCAUUUUGACGGGCUUUGCGCAGAAUCUGCCAGUGCAUAUGGUGCGCAGUGAAGUCUUGGACUUGCUGCGGCGGCUCUGGCAGAGAGAUGGCUUGAAGUUCGACCCGGAGAGUCAGCUCCACCGCGGCGCGGAGGGCGGCCUCACGGUGCGGCACGGGCGCCGGGGCCAGGAGAACGACGGGAGCUGCAUGCUGCGGCUCCGGAACUAUGCGGACGCCAAGUGGCUGGUGGAACAGGCGAGGGGCCUCCAAAUCGAGGGUCGCCCCGUGCGGGCGAUGUGGGCCCGGCCCCGCGACCGGUGAGAUGCCCGCAUCCGCCCGACGCAUUACGCCACGAAGGGCAAGCGUCGACCGUGCACGGCACGUGGCUGAUCGGCCCGCCGAGCUCAAGAUGCCGGGUGACUUCAGCCA